ACUAUAUUUAUUAUUCUAGUAAACAUCCAAAGUAAGUCAGUGUAAAAUCAAAAUGCAUUCUUCGUUAUUAACUUUGCUGAUUUUUUUAACUAUACUAGAAAAUAUUGUUUUUGGAAGUAAAAUUAUUUCUGAAAAUGAAAUUUCUGAGAACGGGGAAUAUUUUGAAACGAAUUUAAAUCGUCCAUAUAAUAAUAGUAAAAGAAAUGGAAAAUUUUUCGGAGUUGGAUUAGUAAGAUUUGCAAAUAAUCCUUGUACCAGCGGUAGCAUGGUAAUAGGAACUUGCCUUAGAAGAAGACAAUGCAAUGAUCUAGCUGGUACACCUUCAGGUACUUGCGCUAAUGGUAUAGGCGUUUGUUGUAUUCUUAGCAGAACUUGCGGUGGAACCUCUGCAUUAAAUGCGACUUACUUUACAAAUAGCAAUUAUCCAGCUCCAGUUACUGCAACUACUCGUUGUACAAUGACAAUAAAUAGAGCAACAGCAGAUACAUGCCAGCUCCGAAUUGACUUCCUUGGAUUCAUAUUAGCCCAACCUGAUGCAACAGGAAACUGUGCUACUGACGCAUUUUUUGUUACUGGUGGAGCUGGACUUGUUCCUAUUAUAUGUGGUGACAACACCGGUCAGCAUAUUUAUGUAGAUUUUAAUGGUAAUAAUAGUAUCAUACUAACUGUAACUAUAGCAGCUAGUAACGUGGGUCGUACUUGGAGCUUCUUGAUAACACAAAUUGCUUGCGGAUGUCCAACAAGAGCGCCAUCGGGUUGUCUACAGUUUUUUAACACAACGACAGGAACAGUAAAUAGUUUUAAUUAUGGCGUUGGCAGCAAUGUAAUAGAUCCUACUACAGCUCUUCCUGGGACAAGACAGUUAGUAAACCAAAAUUAUGGAGUCUGUGUAAAUAUGCUUCCUGGAUUCUGCUCAAUUCAGUGGGCAGCCAACGGCUUUAUCGUUUCAGGUAUUCCAGGACAAGGUUUUGAUGCUUUAACGAACGGCCAGUGUCUGACAGAUUUUAUAAUUAUUCCAAACCCUAGUUACCCAAAUGGAACGUUAGUCAAUACAGAUCGAUUUUGUGGAACCUCUUUCAAUACAGUUCAAUCAUCAUUAAAACCGUUUGUUAUGUACGUAGUAACGAAUGCAGCUGAAGCCGCCGAUGGUGAUGUUGCCAAUACUGGAUUUUCCCUUUCUUUCACACAACUAGCCUGUCCAAAUACCCUCUUUUAGUAUCGUAAUACUAAAUAUUUUAUAUUGAUAAUUUAAUAAAUAAUAAAAAUACUUAAA